UAUACACUGCUCGUCUCACAUAUCCUGUAAAAAACGGCAACCACCUGCCGUAAUACGGCUGCUGCAAAUGAUCACGUGAUUUGUGUCAGUUACGACGCUUCGGUCGCAGCAGCAAAAGGCUGAUUCCGAGUCACAACAUUUGGAAAUAUCGUUGGAAGAGUUUUUCUUCUGGUCCUGACUGUCAGACCAUUUGGACAUUUCCACCCAGCCCGUCUAAUUCGCCAUCAUAAUGCUGAAUUUCUGUCCUCAGUGUGGCUCGAAGUUACAGUCUGGUUUCAGAUUUUGUCCGUCAUGUGGUGGGAAACUGCCAGAAGAGCUAACAGAAGCUGUAGCUUCACAGCCAUCCGAACCACAUCCAAGCUCUGUGCUUUCAUCUGUGCGCGCCAUUGAAGUCACUUCUGCUGGAGACUCCUCACAAUCUACACUGAAUCGCCCACCUUUGCGUUCAACACGGCGGAAGACCUUGAGUGGCACAGCCACAGAAUCUUUAGAUCAGACGUCUUUGCCAACUUCUCGAAAACGAAAUGCAUCCCCUCUGGUUAAAGAGGAGGAAGAAGUGUCACAGACAACAUCGGCCAUAAUAACUCAAACCCCGGUUAAGAAGUCAUUGACAUCUCCACGAAGAAGAAAGACAUCCCCCCAGGUUAAAGAACAAGAGGACGUGAAACAAACUUUUUCAGUCACACUUCAAACUCCAGAUAAGACGUCUUCGAUGUCACCUCGAAAAUGCAAGGCUUCCCCCCAGGUUAAAGACAAGGAGGCGAAGCAAACAUCUUCAGUUAUUCAAAGCCCAUCCAAAUGCAAAGCCAGGAAGCGUGUGUGCACUGUUGAGCCUGUCCCGGAGGGUACAGUGGUUUGUGACCAGUCCAGCAAAAAAUGGAAGCUGGUUGAACUUCUGUGGCAUACAGAAUUAGAUCUUACAUAUGCAGUGUGCCAGGCAAAUCAGCACGCAGACUCAAAUGAAUGCAAGUACAUGUUGCGACUGGGUGCUAAAGAGGGACAGCUGUUUAAUGAACAGAACUUCCAUCUGAGAGCAGCCAAACCUGAUGCAGUGGAGAAAUGGUUGAAAUUGCACAAACUGGACUUCCUUGGGAUUCCCUCCUGUGUAGGGUUUGGUCUUCAUGAAGCAUAUAGGUUUUUAGUUUUUCCUAGCAUGGGCCAAACUCUACAGACAGUCACGGAUGAAGGGAACUGUACUCUGUCUGAGAAAGCUGUUCUCCAGCUUGCACUACGACUAUUGGAUGCACUUGAAUUCAUUCACGAGAAGGAAUAUGCUCAUGCAGACAUCCAUGCAGGAAAUAUUUACAUCAACACUAACAGUCACCCAGAGGUUUUCUUGUCAGGGUUUGGUCAUGCAUUUAGGUUUUGCCCUGGUGGAAAGCAUGUGGAGUACAGACAGGGUAGCCGCACUGCACACCAGGGUAACAUCAACUUCAUCAGCAUGGAUUCUCACAAGGGGGCUGGUCCCUCUUGUCGUAGUGACCUGCAGUCUCUGGGGUACUGUAUGCUGUAUUGGAUGACAGGCUCACUACCCUGGAGUCACCACUCUCAAACAAGCUCUGCUAUUGCUGCAGAGAAGGAGAGGUAUAUUUCUGAUAUCCCUGGACUUGUGAGUUACUGUUACAAACAGAAGAAAGCUUCAGGAGCAUUACAAGAUUACCUGACUAACGUGAUGAGCCUGCAGUAUACUGAAAAACCAGAUUACACACUUCUGAAAGCUGGACUUCACGAGAGCUUACAGAAGAUGGGUGGGAGUCUGAAUGAAUCACUGAAUCUGCAGGUGAAACCAUAAUCACAAGAGUUAGCAGGUGUGGAAUGUGGAUUUAAUUGUUUUAUGGAAUGUUUAAGAAAGCUUUUAUGUUUUUAAAAUCAACUUUUAUUGCCGUUUUUACAAUGAUAUUGCUGUGCAGAAUUUGCAUGUUUUCUCUCAUAGGUUGAGUUUUAAUCACUGUGAUGUAUUAGAAUUUUUUUAAUAAAAUGUUUAAAACAUUGUUUAGUUUUAAGGGUGACUCUACUUUUUUGUGUUUUUUUUUAAACAACAAAUCAUUUCGUCCUGGUCUUGAUACAACCAUUACAUGACAUUACAUGCCAUCGGUGGAAGUAAAGGUUUUGUUUGUGGAAAAGGACAUGUUCAUGUUAUAAAGGGAAUUCUUUUUCGUAUUUUUCUUUUUCAUAAGUUGUAUUGUGCCUUACUGAAAAUAAACAACAGUACCC